AUCCGACGAGAAUCUUCCUCGCGUUUUUCUCUGCGUAACACAAAACAUGGCCUCGAUUUUGCGGUCCAGCAAAUUUGUGCGAUAUUUCGCGGGUUUCGCUCGGAACAUCGUGUUCAAUACGGUCCGCGAGACGGAGGGAAGCUUGCUUCAGCAUUCGCAGUGUUUGUGCGGAAGUUCCGUGAGUGGAUUUGCAUCGACUGCUGCCAGUUCGAGUCAGGGUCUUGACAGGUCCCUGAAGCGUCUCGAUGAAGAUGUUCGUCGCUCGGGACGUAUCUCGAGGCGCGAUCUGGAGGAUGUGCUGGAAGAAAUACGGAUGAAUCGCUCGGCUACCAGUGCGCAAUCACUGCUGGUCAUUCGCUGUUGUGGCAAUCUAGUCCCGGAGGAAUUGCCCGAGGUGCGAACGGCUUUGGUGCAGGAAAUCUGGAAAACGCUCAACAACUUGAACGUGGCGAUGGAUGUUUCCCACUUCAAUGCCCUGCUCCGGGUCUACCUGGACAAUGAGCACCCAUUUUCGCCGACGGAAUUCCUUGCCGAUCUGAAGGCGAAGGGAAUCGAACCGAAUCGUGUCACGUACCAACGGCUGAUCUCGCGCUACUGCCAGGAGGGUGACAUCGAAGGAGCGACCAAAAUUCUCGAAUACAUGCGAGAGAAGCAACUUCCUGUCAAUGAGUACGUGUUCAACGCGCUGAUCAUGGGACAUUCGCAGGCAGAUGAUUUGGAAUCGGCUACAGGCAUUCUAGCCGUGAUGUCGCAAGCCGGUCUGCAGCCAUCGGCCGAUACCUACACGACCCUGCUCUGCGGAUACGCCCGGAAGGGUGAUGUCGAAUACAUCCUCAAAACGCUGGACACCUGUGAACAAAGAGAAAUCUAUCUGCUUGACAAAGACCUGUUGGAGAUCAUCUAUUCGUUGGCCACCAAUGGCCACGCGGAGAAGGUUGAUCCGUUGAUUGCCAAAAUCCGUAAGCAGGCAGGAUACAAUCAAGACGCGGUGAAUGUGAUCUUGAGAUUGAUCAACCGUGGCCAGGAAGAUGCGGCCUUCAAAGUGUUGAAAACGAUGCCCAGAGCUACCAAAAACGACGGAGAACUGGCCAACACUGGAGGUUUCCUGAUCAAACAGCUGGUCAAAGCAAAACGACCUGUAGGAAAAAUUCUGUCCAUUUGCGAAGAACUCACCAGCUCGGGUAUGAACUCGAAUGCCUAUUUGAUUGCAUUGGAGACUGCGCUGAAGAAUGGAAUCGUUGAUUCGUCGUACGCUUUGCUGAAGACCUUGAACGAACAGAAUCAUCCCAUUAGGCAGCAUUACUUCUGGCCAUUGCUGUGCGCCAACGAUCAACCCCGUCCUGAGGGAGUAUUGAACGUUCUGAAAACGAUGAUCCAGGAAUUUGAAAUGCAACCCAGCAGUGAAACCAUUCGCGAAUACGCGAUUCCCAAUAUGGGAAUGAACAACCACGAAGAAGUUAUCCAGUUGUUGCGAAGUGUUGGCAUUUCCUCUGCUGUUGCCAGUUCCGGAUGCGUUUAUGUUGCAUUGGAGAACAACAAUCUGAAGGACGCUGCCAACAUUGCCUCUCGCUACAAGGCUUUCUAUUCGCCGGGAGUUUAUCGUAAGCCGCUGAUUUCGGCCUUGCUUCAAACGCAAGAUUUCAAUUCAUACAUUCGUUUCUCCCGCCAAAUGUAUGAUAACUUGCUGCGAAUGAAAACAAAGGAAGAAAUGAACGAACAAGCGGAAGAAAAUGAAAACAAUUCUUCGAAUGUACAAGCAGAGGUCCUGGGAUCGUUGAUCUACGAUGUCGUCGUCUCCUUCAAGAACAAACGGGUUGAGGCGCUGGAAAAAGUCCUGACCGGUUUUGUGAACCAAGGUUUGUCAAUUAGCAAUUCUCAAGCGGAAAGAAUCCAAGACAAGCUUGGUGCUGAGAUGACUACGGAAAUCUCCUCUAUGCUAAGCAAAUUGGCCGCUGGAGAUUUGGAACCAGUCCAGAUGGAAAGCGCGGGACAAAGAACCAAAACGCCUACAUCUAAUCUGUCGGUUCCACAAUUGGAGCGCCUUAUUACCAAUUUACAAGCUCGUGGUGAGAAUUCCAACGCCUUGAAGAAUCAACUCAUACGCAAUGCAAUUCGAUCGAAUGACGUUGCCAAGACGGAAGAAAUUUUAGCUCGUCUGGAAGAGGAAAACUACGUCAUUCCACCCGGAGUUUAUGCUCAGGUGAUCGAGUUGUACGCCACAAGCGGUAAGGUUGAGGAAGCUUUCACCCUGCUGGACAAGGUCAAAGGAAAGUUGCCGGACUUUGAACUGGACGAUACCAAAAUUGUUCGACUUGCCCAAGCUCUGCUUAAUCAGGAACGAUUCGAUGAUGCGUUGAAGUUCAUUGCGACGAACAAGGCCACGACCGAUCGCUCCGAAAAGGACGUGGAUUUCAACUACAACAGCGCCUGCUGGCGGCUGCUGAACACGUUAGCGGACAAGGGUCAAAGCGAGCAGGUGAACAAGCUGUUCCAGCAAAUGUUGGAUAACGGAUAUAUCACACCGCAAAACAUUUUCCUAGGAGCGCUGAUCAAGGUUCACAUUGUCAAGAACGAUCUGCAGACGGCCAUUGCGGUCUUCGAAGAAAUUUGCCAAAAAUAUCGCACAACUCCAUGGAAAACCGAGCUCACUUGUCGUUUGAUCCAGUCGGAGGACGCUACCAAUCUGCAGCGCCUGACCGAUCUCAGCACGGAAGUCCACGGGGAAGUGAACAGCUUGUACGAUUUGGUGUUCGCCUUUGUGGACUGUGGCCGAAUUCGCCAGGCAAGGAAGAUCCUUGAAACGCCCGGACUUCGCACCCGUGGCCAGCGCAUUGAAAGUGCCUGCGAACGCUAUCACGUUGAAGGUAAAACGCAUAGCUUGGAAGGUCUUAUGGAGGCCACGAAAGAUUUAAACCAUAUCGAUCGGUCGACCAUUUACCACAAAUUGCUCAAGAGCUACAUCAAUGAGAAACAACCGGAGAAGGCUUUGGGUCUGUGGACGAAAAUGCAGGAAGAAGAUCAAACACCAUCGGAAGGAUUCCUUAUUGAACUUUCCAAUUUUUUGAAAGCCAACGGAUAUGAAGUACCAUUUGUGGCUCCCAACGUCCCUUCGUCUCCAGCUAAGAAAGCAUUGAAAGCCCAACCAAAGCCCAAGCAAACUGAUUCGAAAGCUGUUGAUACCAGAAAGCCCGUUUCGCCAAAUCUAAAGGAGUUCAAAGUAGCUUCCAAAUCCGGAGAUGCUGAUCGGCUACUUGCGGCUAGAGAGAAACUCACCGAGAGUGACAAACUGAAUCUUACUGAACAGUCCAUGGUGAUCGAGGCUUUGGUCAACCGCGAUCGAUUGAAUGAAGCUUCCAAGUUGGUGCUGGCAAUGCUAGAACAAAAUCUGCAUCCAAUUCCACGGAUUUUCAAAUACUUCCUCAACAAGUUAGCAGCUUCCGGUAAUUUGGAAACCUUCGAGCGCAUUGGCGGAAUGAUCUCGGACGAUGUGAAGCGACUGAUCUCUUUUGACAACCGCCUUUGCCAUGCCCAUCUUGCUGGUGGUAACGUUGAACAGUACAUGAAGAAACUUGAAGCCACAGCAGAUACGAUCAAAACGAAAGAAGAAGCCGAACUAGCAGCCAAACACUUCCCGAUUGGUGGAGCUUCCGGAAUUCUCGCCGAGCACCCAGAAAUGCAUGAUCGAUACAAAGCGGUUGCCGAGAAGUACGUGAAAUACGAUCUUAUUGCUCCAAUGAACGCCCUCUGGACGCACCACUUCAUGAUGAACAACGAAGUCGAAGCUAAGCAAAUCUGGGAUCAGUAUUUAAUCAAUAGCCCUAGGGUAAUGUUCCAGAAAAUUAUCCAACAAGCCAGAGAAACAAACGACGAUGCUAUGGUGCGCCGCUUGAUAGAUCAGCUUCAGAACUCUAAAGUGUCCGAAAAUGGUAUGGGCAUUAUCUACAGCUGUCUGAUCGAUGCACUUGUUCACAAAGGCCAACCAGCCCAAGGUUUGGAAGCACUUAAAGACGGUCUGAAGGUCAUUUGCCUGGAGCACUUUAACCGAUCUGCGUUGAGGAGACUCAAGGAUGGUCUUGUGGCAGCAGGACACGAUUUUCCCUACACAAUUCCGGAUCGAUCUGCCAACAAGGCACAUGACACUUCUAGCAGCAGCAGUGGUAGCAGUAGCAGUGACGACGAUGUUGGCAGAGCUAGAGGCAGUAACUAAGUGCAUAUUCCUAGUUAAGUUACUUACAAUUCAUGUGAGCUUUUCGAGAGUCGCAAAAAGCUGUUGCACCAAGGAGAACUGUUAUAUUGUAAUAGUUUGUCAUGUACCACCCAAAUUAGUUUUAAAUAGACAUGUUAAAAUACGCUGGAAUUUCAAUCACACACUGAA